UGUACAAACCAACCAUGCAUUCCUAAGUCCUUUUAAGGCAUCAAAAUCCAUUCUAACUCAAACAUACUCCUCCAAAACAUCCAAUUUUCCCUCCAAAUACUAAAGAAGCUAACAGAAUGAUCAACUUUGGUGACUUGUACAGUGUGCUAACUGCAGUUGUACCUCUUUACGUUACCAUGUUCUUGGCUUACGCCUCCGUAAAAUGGAACAUUUUCUCACCACAGCAGUGUGGAGGUAUCAACAGAUUCGUAGCCAUUUUCGCCGUCCCUCUUCUCUCCUUUGAGUUCAUUUCCAGGAUCAAUCCUUACAAAAUGAACCUCAAAUUCAUAGCAGCUGAUGGUGUUUCAAAGGUUUUGACUCUAAUAGUCUUGUUUUUGUGGACAAAUUUGUCGAAAAAAGGAAGCUUAGAUUGGGCUAUCACGAUGUUUUCGCUAUCUACACUCCCAAACACACUAGUUAUGGGAAUUCCACUUCUAAAAUCCAUGUAUGGUGAUGAUAAAGAAUCGAUAAUGGUACAAGCUGUCGUUUUGCAGUGUAUAAUUUGGUACACCUUACUUUUGUUCUUGUUUGAAUAUAGGGAAGCUAAGAAUUUGAUACUAACAGCAUAUGAAAAAGAUAGCAGCAAUGGUAGUAUUAGCAGUAGUAAUAACAGUAACAGCCAAAGAAAUGAAGGAAGCUUUCGAGAAGGUCAAGAAAGGGUUGAGAGAAGUACCUGUAAUGAAGAUGACAUUGUUAAUGUGAUUCUUUCAACGCCUUCUAAUCCGCAUAUGCUUCAGAAUCUCAAUAGGGUAGCACCUGCGCUUGCAAGUGCAGUAGAAGAUGAUAAAAGAGAGUUGCAUUUGUUCAUUUGGAGAUGCAGGUGCUGCACUUCUCCAGGUGUAUGUGAACAGUCGAUAGAAGUAUGCAGCAGAGAGAAUGAGAAAGCAGAAAGUAUGGAAGACCUAAAUACCAUUAGGUCUCCAGGAUCACCAGAAAUGUUGAAGAAAAUCUUGAAAAUGGUAUGCUUUAAGCUAGUGAAGAACCCGAAUUCGUAUGCAAGCAUACUCGGUCUGAGCUGGGCUCUGGCUUCUUGCAGAUGGGGAAUAAAGAAGCCACAGAUUCUAGAAAAUUCAGUUACCAUUCUCUCAGAUGCAGGCCUAGGAAUGGCUAUGUUUAGUUUAGGUUUGUUCAUGGCUUCACAACCGAAGCUUAUAGCUUGUGGGAACAGAUUAGCAGCAUAUGGAAUGGUAGCAAGGUUUGUAGCUGGACCAGCUGUGAUGGCAGUUGCAUCUAUAGCUGUCGGUUUAAGAGGCACUAUCCUACAAGUUUCUAUUGUACAAGCUUCUUUACCACAAGGGAUUGUACCUUUUGUGUUCUCUCGGGAAUACAACUUACAUCCUGACGUUCUCAGCACCGCGGUGAUAUUUGGAAUGAUAAUCUCUUUGCCUAUCACAAUGCUGUAUUACAUCUUGCUUGGUCUCUAAAUGAAGCGAAUGGCCGUGGGAGAACCAAAGAGUGGGAAGAAUUGAUCCAUGAGUGUUCAUUAUAUCAAGACAAGACAAAAGGCAUACGAUAACUACAUAUGUCAAACAAAUUAUCUGAAGUAAGAUUUUCAUUUCACAAUGAUGUCAUGAUAGUAUGAGUAGCACAAUGGUUAGUGUUAGGUGUCGUCAUUUUACAGUUUAUACUUCCAUAAACUAAUGCUCUAACAUGACCAUAUCAGUUGGUCAUAACUUUACGCUCUUUGGCAACUAACUCGAACCAUAAUUAAUGUAGACAGAUAAGUUUAUUUUGCUUCA